GGGCUUGAUCUGGGGUGGCCCCAAUCGUUCCUGAAGGACUAUAAGACCUUUGGGAGGCUCAAGGAAAGAUACCGUCCGGCCUAAACUGUCCUGCAAUUCAGGUGCCAUACUCAGCAGCCAUGAAGUUCUCCCUUGCCGCCCUAGUUGUCGUGCUCGCUCUGGCACACGGAAGCCAAGCAACACAGUCCCCCGAGGUUGAGAAGCUGGCACAGUAUUUCCAGGAUCUGUCAGCUCAGCUGACCUCCACCACUCAGGAGCUAGUGCAGAAGAUCCAGUCAGAGACCUUCGUAGAGGAUGGAAAGGCCCAGAUGCAGCAGAUCCAGGCCCAGCUGGCACCCCUGGCCGAUAAUAUGCAGGCCCAGCUGAAGCCCCUGGCUGAGAACAUGCAGGCCCAGCUUAAGCCUCUGGUCGACAACUUCCAGGCUCAGAUGGAAGACCUCUUCCGCAAGCUGAUGGACCAGACCAAGUCCCUCGGCCAAUAAAGCAGUUAUUUUUCAAUAACCUUAUCACCUCGGACCGAAUCAACAGCUCCAUGGGCUUACAAUCAGUCAAAACCAAUCCAACAAGAACCCGACAAGCUUUCAACCCUCUGCUUAAGUCAAUCAAUCAAUCAAUCAAUCAAUCAAUCAAAUGUAUUUAUAAAGCCCUUCUAACAUCAGCUGAUGCCACAAAGUGCUGUACAGAAACCCAGCCUAAAACCCCAAACAGCAAGCAAUGCAUGUGUAGAAGCAUGGUGGCUAGGAAAAACUCCCUAGAAAGUAUUUUUGUGCCAAGAAGAAUGUGCCAAGACGAAUGUUGUUGACAUGCAAAGACAGACAGUAGUAAUCCAGAACAUCAUUAAAACUUGGAAACAAA